AUGGAGGACGUUGUCAGCCUCGAAGCGGGCUCGGCGACGGCCCAAGUCGCCCUCUACGGCUCCACGGUCAUCGCCUGGCGUCCGAAAAAGUCAACCGAAUCGCUCCUCUUCAUGUCCAAGAAGGACGUCGCUGGAAAGCCUUAUCGUGGUGGAAUACCACUCGUCUUCCCUCUGUUUGGCGCCGUGAGCGACCAUUCAGACGUUCCCCAGACGCUCAGCAAGGCUCCUCGACACGGCUUCGCCCGUGAUCGAAGGUGGAAGACAAUUGACUUCAAUGGUGACCGCGUCACCAUGUCGCUCACGACGCAAGACUAUCCCGAGCUCCGAGACGGAUACCCCUUUGACUUUGAGCUUCACCACAGCAUCCUGCUCACCGAAACGGCGCUUGAGUGCACCCUCAAGGUCAAGCACCUCUCCUCCAGCCAAAAUGACGAGAUGGCCUUCCACGCCCUUUUUCACAACUACCUCGCCCUGCCCUCGCAAAGCACAAAGGUUGCAGGCCUCCAAGGACGUUCGUAUCGCGACAAGCUGCAGGGCGGUAAGGUUCUUCAGGAAUCGCAGGAUACAUGCAGCUAUGUUGAGCCAAAGGACAGCGUGUACCUCGGUGGCGCGCCCACCCUCCGCAUCGGUGAGGCUAUCGAGCUCAAGAGGUCCGAAACGCUGCCAGACACGACCUUGUGGAACCCCGGCAAGGAGGCGGGAGACGGUAUGAGCGAUCUCCACAACGGUGGCUGGAAGGAAUUUGUCUGCGCAGAGCCCGGUCACGUCGCUUCUUUUGUCCAUCUGGCAAAAGGUCAAGAGGUGUGUCCUCCGUUGUGUGCAUCGAGAGUCUUGCUGCUGCUUGGUUGCUAA